AUGGUUCAAUCGAAGCGACUGGACCCAGGGCCGCAAACAUUUGCUGAAAAAACACCAACAGAUCAAAACCAUCAAAAGAGAGCAACAGAUGAAGUUAUAGUGUACCUUACACCGAGUCAAAUUAAGGCACUUCAAGAAGGCAGAGGAUACCUCAACGCUGAGCCAGUUGAUCAAGCAGAAACAUCCCAGGAAAAUCAGGAAGAGCCAGAGCAGACGCAACAAGAAGAAGAAGGAGAAGAAGAAGGCGGUUUCCAACUAGGAUCACUCGAACUGAACUCUCAGUUGGAACAAGAUGAAAAUCAAGUGCCAUCAUCAAUACCUGUGGAGGAGCCCUCAUCAGAAGAAAUUGAAGAAGGUCCCCAAUUCCCUUGGAUCUACAGGCCACCACAGGACAGAAAAUUUGUCCCAUCGCCUGAGGACAAUUACGCCUACUUGCGUUACUUCCCCGAAACCGAAACACAAACAGAGGCAGCGCAAAUUGAAUCGGAGGAAAAUGAGGAAGAAAGCGAAGAAGCCCAACCUGAGAUACAGCAACAGCAACGAUUCAGACUGGUUCCAUACGAAGCCGCUACCGAGAAGAGUGAACCUAGCACAACUAAAGCUCCCCAAGAUGAACAAAUUAGAGAGCGUUGGUUACGCCUGUUGGAACAAAACCGAUCGCUACUGAGGAAGGCUCAAGAGAAAACAACAACCACCACAACCACGACGGAGCAACCACAAGCUGAACCUGGAACGACUCUAUCUAGGCUGCGAUUCUCGGCCCGGUACAACGACCAAAAGCAGGCGAUUGAAAACGAGGACCAGCGCAGGAAGAAUAUAUUGGACAAGCAAAAGGCCCUCAUUCGCGCCGAGGCGCGUGCUAACAACGCACCUGUAGUAGUCCGUAAGGAGGUUACAAUUACUAAACAGGCACCGUUGAUUAAACACAUUAAGGUACACACGCCCGUCCUUGUUCCGAUCCCGGAGCCUUUCGAAGUUAAAGUACCCCAUCCCUUCCCUGUGCCACUGGACAUAUUCAGACCGCUCUCAUCUCAAGCGAAGAAAGCUAAAAAGGCAGAGGCGAAGAAGUCUGCGGCCGCAGCCCGCGCCGAAGAGGAAAAGCCUAAAGUUUCGCCAAAGAAACCGGCUCAAUCCGCGGAAAAGGCCGCGGCGGAAAGGCGCGCGCCUGCUGACUCUAAGAAGGAGGUGACUGUGGAAGCCCCAUCACGUCAGCGAGGCCAGCCUGAGAGGAUAACAAUCAUCCGUCACAGCUGGGACAAG